AUGUCCUCGACAUUCCCCCGCUCCUCCAUUCUUGUCCUAACCCCCACCUCCAUCCAUUCCCUCGUGCCAUCAACCAUCAUAUCACAAGUCUCCUCCCUAAUUGACACGCACCAGCUCGAAGACGCGCUCGCUCUCGCUGAUCAGAGGAAGAGGAGGUUGGAGGGGAACUUGAUCGUUAACGAGGAUGAUGUUCGUUCGUUCUCUCUCCCCAUUCUAUGGGGCUUUAUUGUUAUCAGAAUAAUUAUUGACAACCAUAAAACGCAAAAACAGGAAGACGAAAUGCGCUACGUGUACCAACUCAUUGGUAUCCAAUGUUUUGCGGAGACGAGGUUUGAAGAUGCCGGCAAGGCGCUGUUCAAUGGUGACUUCGAUCCUCGAGUCAUCAUCUCGUAUUUCCCGGACGUUGUUGGGCGUAUGUUCGGGGACGAAGAUGAGAUGGACGUGUUUCGGGGUGUGAAGGAACGGAUGCCUUCACAGGGGGGCGUUGGUGAUUUGAUCACCAAAAACCUAGUCAGGAAUUACUCCCCGCACCUCGCACCUUCUUCCCCGCCUACCGCGGAACUGUUCAAGAUCCUCAAGCAAAACUCUUUGGACAUGCUGGAGACGUUUUUGAGGAAAUGGAGAACCAAGAGGGCCAUUGAAAGGGAGGCGGGGGGGAGUUGGGGGGAGUUGUGUGAUCCUGUAGUAGACACGGUCCUUACGAAGCUCUACGCACGCUCUCCAGCUCGUCGCAAAGACCUCUACGCUCUCAUCUCAGACCCUUCAAACUCUGUAGUCCUCUCAGAAGUCGAGCCAGAGCUUCGCAAGGCGGGGUUGUAUAAUGCCUUGUGUAUGCUUUUUGGGAUGAAAGGGGGAGAGGAGGGGAGGGGAAGGGUAUUGGAUCUUUUGAAGGGGUUGGUGGAAGGCACAAUAAAAGAUGAUGACGUCCUUGACCCCCUGGAAAGACUCGUCUCGCUGGUUGUGGAGAAGAAGGAUAGGGCGCUGACGCAGAAAUGGGGGUUGUGGUUGGUUAGGCGGGAUUUGGAACGGGGGCUGAAGGUGUCUUUCUUUUCGUCCCACUCCUACAUCGCACCUGGGAUAACAUGGUACUUUUCCAAACAGCUCCUUAUACCUCGCGAAACGGGCAAACGCCGCGAAAAACCCGAAGAGGAUGUUGCAUUGCUUGACCAGAUUGAGGAAGCCAACCCUGCAGCGGGGGUUCAGUAUCUUGAGUAUUUGGUGCUUAGGCGGAGGAGUAACUCAAGGGAGCUGCAUACAAGGCUAGCAAUAGCGUGUAUAGACCAGGUACUUGGGUAUUUGAGGGACGAUGUCGGGGUGUUGAAGUUGUGGAGGGCGAAAGCGGCAUCGUUCGCUUCGUCUAUACGGUCCUCCCCCUCCGUACCCUCAAGCUCAAGCUCAACUAUCACUCCGAACACCCGAACCCCAACCUCACCCCCAAGUUCAACCUCCCUACCACGUACCCAAUCUUUCCUCGCAUACUACACCUCAACAACACCGGACUCUCCGCAUAAACGCGCGCGGCUUAAAACGAUUUUGGUGCUCUCCCUGUCGGAGCUUUAUGAUCCUGACGCUGUGAGACGAAGGUUGGAUGAGGCUGGGGAGAAGGAGAGGGGGGUGUUGGUUUUUGAGAGGGCUUUGUUGGAGGGUAAGACACAAAAUCACCGCGCAGCGCUCGAGUUACUCGUACACGAAUUACAAGACCCAAUAUCGGCAGAGGCAUACUGUACACUUGGAGGCGAGGUGGUGUCAGAACGGACGUUGAGGAGUGCGGCGGAGAGUGCGGGGCUUGUGGGUGUUGCGAUGUUUGCUGCUGCUUUCUCAAGUGCGUCGCCGAUACAGAGGGAAAGGAGUGGGCAGGGGGGCAAGCUGCAAAGCCAAACGGGGAUGAGGAAGAUACAAGCCCCGUCGGUGAUUACAAGACAGAAGACGGUGGACGAGGGGUUGAAGAAGGAGCUUUUGAAGGUUCUUUUGGAGGUGUAUAUGGAUGGAGAUGAUCAGGUCAACUCGGAACGAGCAACGCACCUGCUCAACUCACAGGCUGUUAAUCUUGAUGUUGUGGAUGUCAUCGAACUAGUCCCACCACUCUGGCCCGUCAACAGUAUGGCCUCCUUCCUCGUGCGGUCGUUCCGGCGGACGCAACACACGUUGUUGGAGGGCAAAAUUGUCAAAAAUAUAAGUGUGGGGCAGAACCUAGAGGUGAAAGAUAGAUCAUGGAAAAUCCUACAAGACGAGGGCGCUGUUAUUGAGGAAGCCGAUCCGGAGGAUGAGCUGGAGGACGGGGAGACAGAGGGGGAGAAAGGGGUAUUGAGCGAGAAAAUUGCAGAGGCGCGUGGGGUUGUGCAUGCGCUGAGGUUGUCUGUGAAUGGGAGUGGGGAUGGCGAGGGGGAAAAGAGAAAUUUACGGGGGUUGGUGGAUGAUGCUGGGGGUGGGGAGGUGGGCGGUGAUGAACUUGUAUGA